GAGGAAUCAAGGAAAAAGAAAAAGAAAAAAAAGAAGAAUUCUGGAGACAGUGAUGAUGAAAAAAAGAAAAAAGGGAAAAAAUCUAAAAACAAACAAGUAGACUAUGCUGCAAUCUACCAGAAUGAGCUGCUUAACUACCACACAGACUCUUCAGAUGGAUAUGAAGAUGAGUACUACAAAAAGAAAGUUUAUGAGGUGGUUACAGUCACGGGUGAUGUAAAGGGAGCUGGGACUGACGCCAAUGUUUUUGUUACCCUCUUUGGAGAAUUUGGCGUCUCCCCCAAGGUUCACUUGGCAAGCAACACAGAAAAGAGAAGCCGGAAUGCAUUUGAGAAGAAUAAGACAGAUGUUUUUCGCAUCAAAACACAAAACGUUGGGCCAAUCAAAAAGCUAAGAAUUGAACAUGACAACACAGGAAUGAGCGCCAGCUGGUUCUUGGACAGGGUGGUGGUAACUGACAUGAUCCGGCCCCAUCUGCGCUUCUAUUUCCCCUGCAACAACUGGCUGAGCCGGGAAGAGGGUGACAACCUGUUUGUCAGGGAUCUACUUGGAAGCCUAAACCCUAUGGAUGUCCCAAAAUUGAAUAAAUAUUUGGUGAGUGUUUUUACUGCUGAUAUGAAGGGAAGCGGGACAGAUGCUGAUGUCUUCCUUAAUAUCUUUGGAGAAUAUGGUGACACAGGGGAAAGACGACUGGAUAGUGACAAAGACAACUUUGAACGUGGUUCAGAGGACAAGUUUACAAUAGAGACUCCUAACCUAGGAAGGCUAAGAAAAAUCACCAUUGGUCACAACAACCGAGGUUCCUCAGCUGGAUGGUUUCUAGACAAGGUGGUGAUAGAUGAUAUGGGCAAUAAAGAAGUGUACGAGUUUCCUGUGAACCGCUGGUUUGCCAUGGAUGAAGAUGAUGGCAAAAUACAGAGAGAUGUUUUAGUUGGAUCAAUGCAACCAAUGGGAAUUAUAUACAAUGUCCAAGUAAUGACUGGAGAUAUAAGGGGAGCAGGAACCAACUCUAAGAUCCACAUGGUCAUGCAUGGUGCCAAGGGCUUAAAAAACAGUGGCAAAAUCUUUCUAGAGGGGGGUGCUUUUGAAAGAGCUCUCAUUGACAUUUUCAAUGUAGAGAUCUGUGAACUGAUCAGCCCGCUGAGCAGGAUCACCAUUGGUCACGAUAACGGUGCUGUAGGUGCUGGGUGGUACUGUGAAAAGGUGGUGAUAUACUGUCCGUUCACAGGCAUUGAGCAAACAUUUCCAUGUGGGAUGUGGCUGGAUGAGGAUGAGGCGGAUGGGCUUAUUGAGAGGGAGCUCUAUGAGAUGGUCUCUCUUAGGCAGAAAAAACAGAAAAAGUACCCAUGGUCAUUGUGGAUUUGGACCUCAGACAUAAAAGGUGCUGGCACAGAUGCCCAGGUGUUUCUCCAGAUCUAUGGAGAGAAGGGAAAGUCAGAUGAGAUCAAACUUGAAAACAAUUCAGACAGUUUUGAACAAGGUCAAGUUGAUAAAUUCAUGAUUGAAAUGCCGGACAUUGGAAGAUUGCUAAAAGUACGGAUCUGGCAUGAGAAGAGAAAUCCAUUUGCUGGCUGGCAUUUAGCAAAGGUCACUUUGCUCAAGACUCUAACGAUGGACAAAUAUUCUUUUGAAUGUGGACGCUGGCUGGACAUCAAUGAAGAUGACAAUGAGAUUGUCCGAGAGCUACCAGCCACAGGAGCACUCAUUGAAGAGCCUCUGCCCUUGAUAAAAUAUCGGGUCACAAUCUGCACUGGUAACGUCAGUGGUAGUGGCACUGAUGCCAGCGUAUUCCUCAGUAUCAUUGGGGACCUGGGGGAUACGGGGGAGCGUCUUAUGUUUAUGAGUAAAAACAAUGUCAACAAGUUUGAAAAGGGAAAUCAUGAUGAGUUUCUUAUAGAGUCAGUCUUCCUGGGUCAGGUGCGGAGAGUCCGAGUUGGUCAUGAUGGCCGUGGUGGAGGCUGUGGUUGGUAUCUUGAUAAGGUGUUGGUCAGAGAAGAAGGACAACCUGAGUCUUCUGCCACAGAGUUUCCAUGUUUUAGAUGGCUAGAUCGCAAUGAGGAUGAUGGACAAAUAGUCCGUGAGUUGGUUCCAGCUGGAGAUGGGGUGCGUCUUUUUAAUGUCAGCUACCACAUUGCAAUCAAGACGGGCAGUGUCAGCGGUGCCAGUUCUGACUCCAGAGUGUUCGUGAAGCUGUAUGGGGAGAAAGGUGACACUGAAAAAGUGAUCCUGGCCGUCUCCGACAAUGACCUCAGGAACUACUUUGAGACGGCACGAACUGACAUUUUCACCCUUGACACUUACGACAUUGGAAAGAUUAACCGUCUUCUGAUUGGUCACACAAAUGAAGGAUUACGAGCUGGAUGGUUUCUCGACAGUGUGCAGAUUUCUGUGCCGGUACAUGGGAUGCAAUACAUGUUCCCAAGCCACCGCUGGCUUUGCAAAGAUGAGGCAGAUGGAAAAGUAGAGGUUGAAAUUUACCCUAGUGAGGUCUUGGAAAUUGAAAAAUUAAUCAACUACGAAAUAACAGUGGUCACUGGUGAUGUGCGUUCAGCCGGAACCAAUGCCAACGUCUUUUGUCAGAUAUACGGAGAAGAAGGAAAAACCGAAAUCCUCGCAUUGAAAAGCCGCUCCAACAACUUUGAACGUGGCACCACUGAAAUCUUUAAGAUUGAAGCUCUGGAUGUAGGGAAAAUCUAUAAGAUAAGAGUCUUCCACGAUGGAAAGGGCAUUGGAGAUGGAUGGUUCCUGGAGCUGGUGGACAUCAAAAGACUGACGAUGGCAAUGGUGCAAAUUGAGGUGAAAAAAGAGGAGACAACAAAGAAAGACAAGAAGAAGGACAAGAAAAAGAAAAAGAAAGAAGAAGAGGAGGUGGAGAUAAUUGAGCAGCUCCAGGAAGUGGUGCAAACAUUUACUUUCCCUUGUAACCGCUGGCUGGCUCGGGAUGAGGAGGAUGGGGAGAUUGUGGUUGAACUGCUGACAGAGGAUGAUGAGGAAUUGGAGAUAAACUCCUAUGAAGUUUAUGUAUACACUGGGACAAUGUGGGGGGCUGGGACUGAUGCCAAAGUCUACAUCACUAUUUACGGAGAGACUGGUGAUACAGGAGAGCGGUGGCUCAGGAAAUCCAAUCACCUGAAUAAAUUUGAGAAAGGACAGGAGGAUGUUUUCAGCCUGACAGCAGUCGAUCUCGGGGUCUUGAAGAAGCUCAGGAUCCGACAUGACAACAGCCAGGCCAGUGCUGGCUGGUUUUUGGACAGAGUGGAAAUUGUAGACACCAAAGACGACACUACGUAUUUUUUCCCAUGUAAACGGUGGCUUGCUGUUGAUGAAGAUGAUGGGCAGCUUGCUAGAGAGCUGGUCCCUGUGGAUGAAGCCUUCAUGAAGAAGGGGGAUGAAGAUGAAGACGAGUCUGAGGCAACUCUUGGUUUGGAACAAAAAGCCAUGUCCACAACAUACACAGUAAGAAUAAAAACAGGUGACAAGAAAUAUGCAGGAACAGAUGCCAAUGUGUUCAUGACCCUGUUUGGCACCAAAGAUGACACAGGCAUAAUUACUCUGAAGGCAUCAAAGACUCAUAGAAAUAAGUUUGAGCGGGGCAUGAUUGAUGAAUUUACAGUGGAAGCUGUGGACCUUGGACCCUUGACAAAGCUGCGCAUUGGACAUGACAACCGUGGCGGAGGAUCUGCAGGGUGGUUCCUUGACUGGGUAGAGAUUGACGCCCAGUCUGUUGGACAGAAGUUACGCUUUCCCUGUGGCCGCUGGUUGGACAGAGGAGAAGAUGAUGGGGCCAUCGUCAGGGAUCUUUUUCCUAACCCUCUUCAGACAGAGUUUUACACACCAUUUGUCCCUUAUGAGAUAAAGACCUUCACAAGCGAUAUGUUUGGAGCUGGAACAAACGCAGACGUGUUUAUUGUUCUGUAUGGAAAAGAUGGAGUGUGCACUCAGCAGAAGUCUCUGUGUGUCAACAAGAGGGAGAGGAGAAUGUACUUUGAAAGAGGAGCUGAAGACAUGUUUAUUGUUGAAUUAGAAGAUGUGGGGGAUGUAAUUGAGAAGAUCCGCAUUGGCCAUGACAACCGGGGGGUUAACCCAGGCUGGCACCUGGACAGAGUGGAGAUUAGACGCCUGCUUAGGAAGGGAAAGGGGUCAGAGACUAUCAUCUUCCCAUGUGAGUGCUGGCUCGCCAAGUCAGAAGACGAUGGAGAAACAAUCCGAGAGCUACAGCCUUCUGACAUCAUUACUGAGAAACUUGCUAGAGAUGGCAGCCUGAAAGUAACUGAGGUGGAAGUGGAAGAUGCCUUAGAGACUCACACAUACAAUGUCUCAGUGAUGACGGGUGAUGUAAACGGUGCUGGAACCGAUGCCAAUGUCUUCCUGACAAUUUAUGGAGACCUUGGGGACACUGGAGAGAGAAAGCUGAGCAAGUCCGAAACAAACAGCAACAAGUUCGAACGUGGAUCUGUGGAUAAGUUCACAAUAGAAGCAGUGGACCUCGGCCAGGUUUUUAAGAUAAAAAUCCGCCAUGAUAACAGCAUGAUGAGUCCUGAUUGGUACUUGGACCAAGUGGAGGUGUUGGACAUUGAUACAGAGGAGGUCUACUUGUUCUUAUGUGAGCGUUGGCUCUCCAAAAAGAGGGAGGAUAGGCUCAUAGAAAGAGUCUUCUAUGUGAAGGGUUAUGAAGGUGUCAGAGAGAGCUUGAAGAGUAAAAAGACUCCUACCUUGGCUGUGAAGAGUGUUGACAGUAAUAUGAACAAAAAGAGCAAGAAAAAGAGAGAGGAAGAAAUGGUGUUACCAAUCAUACCAUACCACAUCACCAUCUGCACUGGGCUGGAGCGUGACGCCAGCACCACCAGCAGGGCUUAUGUGAUCAUAAUUGGAGUCAAUCACACCCAGACCGAGAGGCUGUGGCUUGACCUGCCUGAUGGGAGAAAGGGCUUCCGGGCUGGCUCUUUAGAGAACUUCGAAGUCCAUGGUUCAGAUGUGGGGGAGAUUAAAAGGGUGGAGCUUGGCCAUGAUGGGGCCACUCCGGAGAGCUGCUGGCUCGUUGAUGAGCUGGCUGCUGCUGUGCCAACCAAAGGGGUCAAAUAUAUCUUUGCAUGCAAGUGCUGGCUGGCCAAAGAUCGAGGAGAUGGCUUGACUUCUAGAGUAUUCAAUGUGCUGGAUGCAGAAGCCAUUGCUAUCUCUCAAAAGCUUAUAUAUGAGAUUACAGUUGUUACUGGAGAUGUGCAGAAUGCUGGAACAGACACCAAGAUCUUCAUGUCUGUGUUUGGUGCCAACGGCAGCACAGAAGAGAUUUUGCUCCAGAAGAAUGAGGACAGAUUUGAGCGCGGUCAGGAAGACACUUUCAACGUGGAGAUUGAUGACAUCGCUCCACUCAGGAAAAUGAGGCUUCGUAUUGAUGGCUCAGGCAGUCGACCAGACUGGUUUCUUGACAAGGUGAUCAUGCGUAACCUGAGCACAGAGGAGGUGUCUGUGUUUACCUAUGAGGAAUGGCUGUCCAAAACUCGUGGACCUAAGAGGACAAUGAUCUGCGAGAUGCCUGCUGUGGUGGAAGAGGAGGUGAUGGUGGAGCUGACCACUUACAUCAUCCAGGUCAAGACAAGUGAUGUCGCAGGGGCCGGCACCGAUGCCAAUGUGUGGGUCAUUGUUUUUGGAGAGAAUGGUGACACGGGGACACUAGCACUGAAGGAGUCCGUUAAGUCCAACAAAUUUGAGCGUAAGCAGGUGGACACCUUCCGAUUCCCUGAAAUCCUCAGCCUGGGAGACCUCUCCAAAGUCAGAGUUUGGCACGAUAACACAGGUCCUGCACCAGGUUGGCACUUGGAGCACAUUGAUGUGAAGGAUGAGUUUAUGGACAAAACAUUCCGGUUUCCAUGUGACCGCUGGCUUUCCAAGAAGGACGACGAUGGGCAGAUAAUGAGAGAGCUGGCCUGUGCCAACAAUGACUAUUUAGACCUGAACGAAAAGACUAAGUAUGAAAUUUGCGUUACUACUGGAGACGCAGAAGAAACCAAGGAGAAUGCAUGGAUUGUACUCGAGGGGAAGAAGUGCCGAUCUAAAGAGUUUGUAAUGGAGAACUCCUCAAAGAAGAAGAGGUUUUUACGGGGAAAUGUUGACAGAUUUGAGUUUUCGUCAAAGAAUGUUGGCGAUAUUGCUGCCAUCUGUCUGGGCCACACACCCAAAGAUGGGAAGAAAGUGAAAGGGGAGGCUUACUGGCAUGUAGAAGAGGUUGUUGUAACAGAAAAAGAGCUUGGAAACAAGUACAUCUUCCACUGCAAUGCCCUUAUCCCACUCUCUCCAAAGAGAGAUGAUCACCUGACCUUUGAGUGCACAAAGACCAUUGAGAGUUUUGCAAGCAAAGCUCGUAGCUUGGUACCCGUCAAGUACGAAAUCAUCAUCAUCACAGGUGAUGAAAAGGGAGCAGGAACAGAUGCCAAUGUUUUUAUCACCAUCUACGGCUCCAACGGAGAUUCAGGCAGCCGGCAACUGCGGCAGAGGUUUCGCAACCUCUUUGAACGCGGGCAGACGGAUCGGUUUGUGGUAGAAAUGCUGGACAUGGGCGAUUUGCAAAGAGUACGAGUGGAGCAUGACAACUCUGGCCUCUGCCCCGGGUGGUUGCUGGAGAGGGUGGAAAUCACCAACACAGCCAAUGGUGUCACCACAAUUUUCCACUGUGGAAAAUGGCUGGACACCAAGAGAGCGGACGGACAGAUUGCUAGAGUGGUCUACCCAAAAUACUGACAAUCAAAACAUUUCUGGAAGGGCCAAAAGCAGAAGGACUUACAGUACCUCGUAUAUCAAAUAACCAAAACCAUUCAAAUUCGGGUAUGUUUUCUUUAACUCAGGAACUGAGCAUAUUUCCAUUAACAGGUUUUAUAAAAUGGGAAAAAGUUAAGGUAAUAAGUUGAUUGAUCAAGAAAUCUGUUAAUGUGCCAUUUUUUAUCCCUAGUGCACAGAACUUUUUUUUGUAAAUAUAAAUUUUUUUAAAGAUUAAAUUGUUUUAUAAUCACCUUGAUAACUCAUUUCACUGUGUUCCAGUGUCUUGUGGGUUCAUAAACCCCAGCUAUAGAUUUUUUUAUGUGACUGAAAAUUGAAAAAGCCUUUUCAACUGAAGAAACACGCAGGUUUUGUGGUAAUAUUUUAGUGUCCUAAAGGAAAAGUUAUUAUUGUUAGUCUUCCUUUACAUAAAGUAUAUAGGCUGUAUACUGUA